AUGUACGUUAUAAAUCCUUCAGAAGAACGGCCACUUGAACCUAUCGAAGAAUCAGUACCGGAUCUCAGGAACGUCCUAUCAGAAGAAACGUCUCCUGGGUGUCCAACACUAAAUGAGGAGAGUCUAAAAACCGACUCCGAAAUUGAGGAUAUGCUUUCAACUGUAGAACGUGUACAGGAAGAAAUAAAACCACCUGUAAUUAUAGAAGCUUUCCAUCGCACUGAGGAAUCAGAAGUUUCUAGUUCCGAAUUGGGGGAUUACCAGAUAUACGAUUCCAGCGAAAACGCUGUAGAAAGUACUUCUCGUGCUACAAUUCACGCAUUUGGAGAACUCCACGGGUAUGUGGAACCGGAGGUUCCGGUUGCGAAGGAGUGUAAGGAGACUGAGGGAGCGGAAUGUUCAGAACCCGUAAGAGUUACGACUGUUUUAGUAGAAUUGUCAGCAGUAGCAAUCGAAGAGGGAGUACCGCAUGUCAAGGAGGUUCUAUCAGAAGAAGUGUCUCCUAGGACUCCUACACUAAAUGAGGAAGGUCCGAAAACCGAUACGGAAAGGGAGGAUAAGCUUCUACCAGUCGAAGUUGUACAGGAAGGAGGAAAACCACCUAAAGGUAGAGAAGCGUUCGAGCUCGCUGGAAAGUCAGAAGUUUCAGGUCGAGAGUCGAGAAAUUACCGAAUGUAUGAUACCACCUCAGCCACGGUAGAAAGUGCUUCUCCUUCCACAGAUCGCGCAGGUCGGGAACCUUACAGUAAUGCGGAAGAAGAGAUUCAAAGUGCGGAAAAAGAGUGCAACGGAAUGGAAGGAGCGGAAAGUGCAGAACCGGUGAGCGUUAUAAAUGUUUCGGAAUAA